UUUGAAAUAAACCAUUUAUUCCUUGGAAUUAAAUGGAGAUAGAGUUACAGAGGUACGACAACUUCAGUUCAUAGCAUCGAGAGAAGGCAAGGAAGGUAUGUAACUUUUUCUUGCCCUCGUAGUUCCAUUUUCAUUGAAACUUCUUCUCUUUGAACCCUCUGGAUUCUAGGCUACUACAAUCAGCUGAAAAAAACCCUAAUUCAGUCUCUCUUUCUCGUCGUGCAAAAACCCUAAACCCUGGGAAUUGUGAGAUCGAUCUCAUGUUUCAGUAACUUGUUAAAUCUGUACCUCUUUCUGUUGAUUUAGAUUUAGAUUUCUGUUUUCAAUUCCGUUUCUGUUCCGAAAUUGUUCAAGGUGAAAAAUUCAACCUCAAAGGAAAGAUCAAUUUUGUUUGCAAUGCGCAGUGUAAAAUUCAAGUCUUAAAGAAGAGAAAAAUGGUGGAGGUGUGGUGGUCACUGAUAGGAGCAGCAGUGCCUGCACUAAUUGCUGGUCAAGCUUGGAGGAUAAAGAAGAGACAUGGCGAAGAAGAGAGGAUCAAGAGUGCUCGAGGAAGAGAGAAAAGCUCUGAUGAAAUCUUUGUCUGUGAAAGAGUUUGCACUUCCAAAAGAAUGCUGAAAAAAGUUGGAGCUUUCUCUAAAGAUCCUAUCCCCGACACUUGUGUUACUGUCUGCGGUGUAUCUGAGCUCGACGCUUGCUCUGAUGCUUGUGCUCGAACUGUUUGCGUUAACCAGCAUCAAGUUGCUAAUUGGAAUGACAUUUGUCUCAGAAGAUGUCAAAGUGAAUGUCUUAAGCUCUCUUCUUCUUCUUCUUCUUCUCGCUAUUCUUGA